GAGGAGGAGGAGGAGGAGGAGGAGAUCUUCAACUUGUGCUCCGGAGCCGCCGGUGCUCCUGCUGGUGCGGUGCAGUCUCAGCUCUCAAACCGGACCGGUAUGCACUAUCCGCGGAGGAGGAAGUGAGCCGCCCCGACAGAGAAAGAUGCAGGCGGAGGACAUGGAGGUACCUAUCAUUAAUAACCUUAUCGAUAACGGCGACAGACAGAAGCCGAAAGGGAAAGAUGUGUUCAAGGAUCAGCAAAAGGAGUCGGAGAGCUCCAUGGAGUCUCCAAACUUGGAGUUUGAGUAUGGAGACACAGACACUCUGACUGCUGAGCUUUCAGAGCUCUACAGUUACACAGAGGAGCCGGAGUUUGCCCUGAACAGAGACUACUUUGAGGAGGACUUCAGGACCCAUGCUCGAGGCAGGAGGUGGAUCGAGCUGACGGUGGAGGAGCAGCGGGCCUAUGUGAUGAGGCUGCUGGACGCGCUGGAGGUGACGGACAGAGACAAGAGGCUGAAGGUGGCACGGGCCAUCCUCUACCUGGCUCAGGGAGUGUUUGAUGAGUGCGACACAGAGGUGGACGUGCUUCACUGGUCCAGACAUAAUGUCUUUCUGCUCUACGAUAUGGGCAUCUUCACAGCACUGCUGGAGCUGCUGAGCAUGGAGAUAGAUAACAACCAGGCGUGCAGCAGUGCAGUGAGGAAGCCUGCCAUCUCUCUGGCAGACAGCACAGAGCUCAGAGUGCUACUGAGCAUUAUGUACCUGAUGGUGGAGACCAUUAGAGUCCAAACGGAGGACGACAGGCCUGAGUGGAGAACAGCCAGAGAAGCCUUUAAGAAUGAGCUGGGUUCACCUCUUUACAAUGGGGAGCCCUUCGCCCUGCUCCUCUUCACCAUGGUGACCAAGUUCUGCAGCAUGAACGCCCCGCACUUCCCCAUGAAGAAAGUACUACUUCUGCUCUGGAAGACGAUACUGUUCACCUUGGGGGGCUUUGAGGAGCUUCAGGAGAUGAAGGUUCGAGGUCGGGAGCGUCUGAACCUGCCUCCACUCCCAGAGGACAGCAUCAAGGUCGUGAGGGCCAUGAGAGCAGCCUCUCCUCCAGCCUCCGCCAUGGAGCUCAUUGAACAGCAGCAGCAGCAGAAGAGAGGACGCCGAAGCCGCAGGAGUGCCUUUGUUGAUAGCUUGGAAGGAGACAGUCCCUUUCCCAAGAAGCAGCCUUUGGUCAAGCAGGACAGCCUGGACACCUACAACGAGCGCGACCCGUUCAAGAACGACGACGCCCGGGACGAGGAGGAGGACCCCGAGGACACGGACAGCGGCAUCGAGGGGGAGGUGGACCCCAUGGACCGUGAUGUCAUCAUCCAGCCGCCGCCUCCUCCGCCUCCCCUCAGACCCCCCACAGAGAGGGUGAACUUCCCCAAGGGUCUCCCAUGGGCCCCUAAAGUCAGGGAGAAAGACAUCGAGCACUUCCUGGAGACGAGUAGAAACAAGUUCAUCGGGUUUACCCUCGGAAAUGACAUAGAGACCCUUGUGGGCUUGCCCCGACCCAUCCACGAGAGCGUGAAGACUCUUAAACAGCACAAAUACGUGUCCAUUGCUGAAGUCCAGAUUAAGAGAGAGGACGAGCUGCAACAGUGUCCGCUGACUCUGGGCGAGGAGGAGGUGGAGGAGACGUCAGCCGAGAUGCUCUACCUGGGAAUGCUUCCUAACCUCUCCCAGUAUGUGAUUGCCCUCCUGAAGCUGCUUCUGGCUGCAGCUCCAACCUCCAAAGCUAAAACGGACUCCAUCAACAUCUUGGCUGACGUGCUGCCCGAGGAGAUGCCUAUCACAGUCCUUCAGAGCAUGAAGCUGGGGAUUGACGUGAACCGCCACAAGGAAAUCAUUGUCAAGGCCAUCUCUGCUCUGCUGCUGCUGCUCCUGAAACACUAUAAACUCAACCACAUUUAUCAGUUUGAGAUCGUCUCCCAGCACCUGGUGUUUGCCAACUGUAUCCCACUCAUCCUCAAGUUCUUCAAUCAGAACAUCAUGUCAUAUAUCAGUGCCAAAAACAGUAUAUGUGUGCUGGACUUCCCCCACUGUGUGGUGCAUGAGAUGCCUGAGCUCACCGCAGAGAGCCUGGAAGCAGGCGACAGCAAUCAGUUCUGUUGGAGAAACCUGUUUUCUUGUAUAAAUCUGCUGAGAAUAUUAAACAAGCUGACCAAGUGGAAACACUCCAGGACAAUGAUGCUGGUGGUGUUUAAAUCUGCCCCCAUCCUGAAGAGAGCUCUGAAGGUGAAGCAGGCCAUGAUGCAGCUCUACGUUCUGAAGCUGCUUAAGAUCCAGACUAAGUACCUGGGCCGCCAGUGGAGGAAGAGCAACAUGAAGACCAUGUCAGCCAUCUACCAGAAGGUCCGCCACAGGCUCAACGACGACUGGGCUUAUGGAAACGACAUCGAUGCUCGGCCCUGGGACUUCCAGGCGGAGGAGUGCGCACUGCGGGAGAGCAUCGAGAAGUUCAACAGCCGCCGAUACGACAGGAGCCGGAAUGGAGAGUUUGCACCCGUGGACAACUGCCUACAGAGUGUGCUGGGCCAGCGCGUGGACCUACCCGAGGACUUCCACUACAGCUACGAGAUGUGGCUGGAGAGAGAGGUGUUCUCCCAGCCCAUCCAGUGGGAGGGCCUGCUGCAAAACCCAUGAUGGAGGAAGGAGGGGGGGUCAGAGGGAACAUUGCAGUGCAGCUAGAGAUUAGUUUUAAUGUGCAAAAUUGUGUAGUCAAAGGUUUCAGUUUUGAAGAGAUGGGGGAGGGGUGAAGAAAAAGAUGCUGGAAAUUGAGAAGAUGAGGAUUCUUCCACUAGAUCAGCACAAAAAGAUUUCAUGCAAACACACAGAGGAUGUUAACAUGUGCCUAUGACUGCUGCGCACACACAUGGAUAUGACGGGCAACAGAGGUAGCAGUACAUUUAAAAAAAAAUGCUGUAGCAGCAGGAGAUGUUUUGUUUUGUUUUACUGCCCCCCUGUACCCCGUGUUUCAAAAGAAAUCUAACCACUUGGUCAGUUUUGAUGUCCUCCUUUUUCAAAUGUUGGUACUUUUUUGACUCGGUGUUGUUACUAUUUAUUUGUAUCAAAGUGUGCGGUUAGAUUUUUUGGACUAAAACAUUUUUGAAUGGAGAUGUACAUUUUUAUAAUUUUAAAUAAGUUCAUGUCUUUUUUUAAGUUUUGAAAAAGAAAAAAAGAAAACCUCAACGGUAGGUAUCGGGUUACAGAUUGUCAGCGAUGGAUUUUAAAGUUUUUCUUAUGUCUUUCUAGAAAAAAAAGAACCUUUUUGAAGAGAACCACAGGGUCAUUUUUGAUAGCCCCAAAUCUAUAAAAAGCCCAUAUUUCAAAUAAUGUCAUAGUAAUCUCACCUAUAUGUCACCAAAAUAUAUUAAAUAUACCAGCUAUAAGUGGAUAGAGUUUGUUUGUGAACAUAAAAAGUAUAUGUGUGACAGUUAAAGUGAGGAUGAGCAGAUGUGAAGAGGAUAGUUUGAGGUAAAAUGUUUACUAUUUGUCAUAUAUUAAGUAGACUCUUUAUCUUGAAUAGAAUUCUUGCUAUCCAGGUAUAUCCUUUAAAUGUUGGUAUUUUGAAAUUCAAAUCCAGAAAUCACAGAACAAAGUCUUUAAUAACUGAUGUCACCCAGGUUUUUUUUUUUCAUACUUUGGAAAUUUGGUCCCAAUAUGGUUCCAUAGAAAAGCUCAGGGAGAGGAAAGACUUUCAGUAUGAAGGUUUCGCUUUGGAGAAUGUUUUCUUUGUUGCGCAGACCUCCAGCUUUUCUAUGGAACCAUCUCCGCCCCAGCAAAGAGUCUAAUAGCAGGAAUUCUGUUCGUGACUCCCUGCUUCCACCCCCUGAUUCCCUCUCAAUCUGCCCGACAACAGCACAUCAUGUUAAACCAUUGAGCUCCUCAGUGGUGGCCUUGGUGAGCACUUUGCCACCCUUGCUUGGAAGAACAAUAGUUAUUUUUUUCUAGUUCGUCUUAGCUGUUUUUUGGGUUUUUUUUUUUCACAUCCAACUACCUAAAUGGAGCUCCAGAUCUGAGGGCUCUGGAUUGUUUCCCUGGAAAUGUCUGAAACUGAAGCACACAAACACGCACAGGAAACAUAAAGCAUGGUCAGCUUUUUAUUUUCAUGUCACUCUCCCUCGGUUUAGACAGGAGUCAAGAGAUGUCAUGUAUGAUCUUUGUACAAAACAGUGUUAACACUCAGUCUCGUGCUUCUUAUUGUAAAUGUGCAUGGACACUGUUUCGUUUUGAGGACCUGUUCACAUAUUUGGAAUUGCAUUAUUAUUCUUUUUUGUCUUAUGAUGUUUUCAGCAUAAUUAGAGGUGUACUUUAUUUUUCCUUUCAAAGUGUAUGUUCUGCAUAAGAAGUGACUUUUAUUUCUUCUUCUGGAAGACAAAAUCUUUAAGAAAUAAUAUUGUAUACUUGAUAGAUUCUCAGGUUUAUGGAGAUAAUAUAUUGCAAACUGUUAAAGCUUCCUUGCCAUCACCUAGCUCUCUACCUGCAGAGAUAAAUACACAUUUAUUAUACUAAAUGAACACCUUGAGCACCAAACAUUUACUGCAUAAGAUGUUCACUAAAGACAAUAACUCAUUGUGAGUUUGUAUUUAUGUCAGUUAUGUUUCAGGUUCAGAUGUAUUUUUUUUUGUAUCUUGUGCCAAAUUUCAGUGCCAUUUUCUACUUUUACUUUAAGUGUUCUUGCCUUCAUGAGCAUAUUCAAGGUUUUUCAUUCAUAUCACCACUGCAGGUUUGCAAUAGAAAAAUGUCGUUUUCUACCAGAAAAUUGUACAAUCAAUGAAAACUGCUGUUUCUUGAAUCUGGUAGAGUGUUUUACCAAACGUCUUUAUUAGCAUUGUAUGGAUGUCACUACAGUGUAUAUGUGUUCUUGUUACACACGUUUCCACAUCUGUACAGUCUAGAUUAAUACUCAGUACUGACGUUGUUCAGGGGUAUGUGCAAUUACAGAUCCAUAGAGGCAUUAUUACUAGAAUGACAAAUUACAAUAUCAGAGUUGCUUAUUAAACAAUGUUGAUCAGUU